AUGGGAGACUGCGAGUACAGCCAGAUCGGCACCCACAGCCCCUCCCCCAUGGAGGCGCCCCCCGCCGAGAAGAAGCGGGUCCCGGCGCGCAGGAAAUGGGAGGUCUUCCCGGGGAGGAACCAGUUCUUCUGCGACGGCCGCAUCAUGAUGGCCCAGCAGCGGGGCGUCUUCUACCUGACGCUCGUGCUCAUCCUGGUCACCAGCGGGCUCUUCUUCGCCUUCGACUGCCCGUACCUGGCCGUGAGAAUCACCCCUGCCGUGCCCGCGGCCGGUGGCGUCCUGUUCUUCUUCGUGAUGGGGACCCUGCUCCGCACCAGCUUCAGCGACCCCGGCGUCCUCCCGCGAGCCACGCCCGACGAGGCCGCCGACCUGGAGAGGCAAAUAGACAUCGCCAACGGCAGCAGUUCCGGGGGGUACCGCUCGCCUCCCAGAACCAAGGAAGUCAUCAUCAACGGCCAGACCGUGAAACUUAAGUACUGUUUCACCUGCAAGAUUUUCCGGCCGCCCCGUGCCUCCCAUUGCAGCCUGUGUGAUAACUGCGUAGAACGGUUUGAUCACCACUGUCCCUGGGUAGGCAACUGUGUGGGGAAAAGAAACUACAGAUUUUUUUAUAUGUUUAUUUUAUCUCUGUCUUUUCUGACAGUCUUUAUAUUUGCAUUCGUUAUCACCCACGUCAUUCUUCGUUCACAGCAGACGGGAUUCCUCAAUGCGAUCAAGGACAGCCCCGCCAGAUAUCCUUUGUGGGUGUUGUGUGUGUGCAAGGCCGAGGCGCCGAGUGCCGGACCGCCCUCCUCGGCCCCCUGCCUCCGCCCUGUGCCCUGGCUUGUCUUCUCAGCAACCGCCGUGGUGUGCUUCUUCUCCGUCUGGUCCAUCGUCGGGCUGCUGGGCUUCCACACGUACCUCAUCAGCUCCAACCAGACCACCAACGAGGACAUUAAAGGGUCCUGGUCAAAUAAAAGAGGUAAAGAGAAUUACAACCCCUACAGCUACGGAAACAUCUUCACCAACUGCUGUGUGGCCCUGUGUGGGCCCGUCUCGCCAAGCCUCAUCGACAGAAGAGGGUAUGUCCAGCCCGACACGCCUCAGCCAGCUGCGCCCUCCAACGGGCUGGCCACGUACGGGGCCACUGCCUCGCAGAGCGACAUGGCCGCCGCCACGCCCCUGCUGCAGAGCGAACCCAGCCUGGCCGGCGACGAGCUGCACCUGCCGGGGAAGCCGGGCCUGGGCACGCCCUGCGCCAGCCUGACGCUCGGGCAGCCCACGCCGCCCUCCUCCAUGCCCAACCUCGCCUCGGAGGCCGGGCUCACGGACAUCCUGCCCCUGAAGGAGGAGCACAUGGGCCACCAGUUCCUGACGCCCGAGGAGGCGCCCUCGCCGCCGCGGCUGCUGGCCGGCAGCCCCCUGGCGCACAGCCGCACGGCGCACGUGCUGGGCCUGGCCAGCCAGGACGCGCUGCACGAGGACUCAGUGCGCGGCCUGGUGAAGCUCAGCUCCGUGUGA